GAAAGAGCCUAAAGAAAGGCAGCUGAGGAGUCAAAAGAUUGGAGGCGUUGGUCGGCUCACUACAGGACAAGAAAAAUGGCUGAUUUUUCAGGUACCUGGAAAAUGAAAAGCAGCGAGAAUUUUGAUGAUCUGCUUAAAGCUUUGGGAGUGAACGCCAUGCUGAGGAAGGUAGCAGGGGCGGCUGCAUCCAAGCCCCAUGUGGAGAUAAAACAGAGCGGCGACCACUUCUACAUCAAGACCUCCACCACAGUCCGCACCACGGAGAUCAACUUCACCAUAGGCCAGGAGUUUGACGAGGAGACGGUGGAUGGCAGGAAGUGUAAGAGUUUGGCCACAUGGGAGACAGAAAACAAGAUUUACUGCAAACAGACUCUGCUGAGCGCGAACGGUCCAAAAACCUUCUGGAGCCGAGAACUCAGAGGGGAUGAACUCAUAUUGAUCUUUGGAGCAGAUGAUGUGGUCUGCACACGGAUCUAUGUACGAGCACAGUAGACAUCCAUUUAACACACAACUGACCCGUCGCCAAGAACUACAGCGCUAACAGCUCAAAUAUAGUGCCUUGCAAAAUUAUUCAUACCCAAAACUUUUUAUUUUCUAAUGUUACCAGGAAAAAAAAUCUAUUUGUUUGGAUGAAAUCUUAGCAGUAUUAAGUUUCAUACAAAAAGUGUACCUGCAAUCAUUUAGACUACUUUUUUGAAAAAUCUUCUUGCUGUUCGUUUAUCCAUCCUAGAAACUCUUCCUUCUCCACUUUUAUCCAAGUCUGUUGAAGCUUAUUCCCCCAACAUGGUGCUCCCAUGUUUAAGAAGUUUGUUUGCAGAGGAUGAUUGAACAUGCUCACUUUGACGUUCAAGGCCUGAGAUAAUGUUUUUAAAGAUGAGUCUGGUUUAAUCGUCUCUAUAACUUUCUCCCUUUCCUGCCUGAUGUGCUCCUUGUUCAACAUGUUGACUUAACUGUGUGAAAUCUUCCCCCAAAACAGCUGUUUUCAUCAACUAAAAAGAACACGUUUGCUAAAAUUACACACAGGUGUUCUUUGGUUUAUUAGCUAGAGUGGCAGUUUAUUAAACGUUACCAGCUUCACUUUAGAAUUCUGCAUCUUUUUUUUCAAUAAAGCUUUAUAAUUAACAGUGGAUCCAGCCUUAUCACCAACUAUAUUUACCAUAACAAGCCAGCAAUUGUUGUUCUGCUACCAGUUAACUGUUAACACUAAGGGAAAUAAUCUUUUUUUUUUUUUCCUUUCUUUACCUCACUGGUCCUUUCACUAAAAGCAGCAAUGUGUCUUAUUAAUGUGAUAAAAGGUGAAAAGUUCAAGGAGUUUAAAUACUUCUUUUCCCAAACACUAUUUUAUAACAUAAUUUAGGAGACUGAGUUUAGCUUUACAUGCCUAUAAAUAAGUGGCAUUAGUUUUUUUUUUUUUUUAGCAUUACAUGCAGAACUAAGUUGGUCUAAUCCAAUAAAAGUGUUAAGAAAGUUUGAUGCAGGACCCUCCCCUCUCUUUUUGCAAAUAUCAUUUAUGUGCUGUAAAGGGAUCUGGGAAUGAGUUAAGACGGGGUGCUCUAUAGCAGGGAUCUCAUGGGAAGAUGAGAAACUUAGAUAGGUUUGUGGUCUGUAGGAGGGAGCUAGAGAACCAGGAGGGAACGCAAACACGCCCAGGAGGAACAACAUGAACAAAGGAGAUGAAUGUCUAACAGACAUGAAGUAUUAUUUCCACAGAAUGAAGGCAGAAGAGUUUCAGUCUACUCAAAGGAUAUUUUAAUGCCAAACACCAAACUAACACUCAUAUACAACAUCAUAAAAGUCAAGAGAAGU